GGAAGAGAUACUUUCUAUAUCUUUUUUAACCUUUGAAGAUCGAGAGCUUAGUUUUUUUUCAUUGGAGAAAGUUAAUAUGGCCAAAGGAGAAGAAGUUAGCAACAAGCAGGUUCUCUUGAGAGACUAUGUAUAUGGGCCUCUCAAAGAGACAGACAUGGUUUUAAGCACAGGAACCGUUCAUCUAAAGGCACCUCAAGGCUCCAAAGCUAUUAUGGUGAAGAAUAUCUACUUAGCUUGUGAACCCUAUUCAAGAAAAUUGAUGAUGAAGGAAGAUAAAAAUGCAAUUGAGCCUGGUUCGGCUAUAACUGGGUUUGGAGUAGCUAAAGUCUUGGAUUCUGAUCACCCAGACUUCAAAGUAGGUGAUUUGGUGUGGGGAAUAACUAGAUGGGAAGAGUACAGCCUCAUUAAGACUCCUGAGUCCAUGUUUAAGAUUCAGAACACUGAUGUACCUCUCUCUUACUAUACAGGAAUUUUGGGUAUGCCGGGUAUGACUGCUUAUGCUGGUUUCUUUGAGGUUUGUGCACCUAAGAAAGGAGAGUAUGUCUUUGUGUCAUCAGCGUUUGGUGCAGUUGGGCAGAUUGUGGGACAGUUUGCUAAGUUGAUGGGUUGCUAUGUAGUUGGAAGUGCUGGGUCUGACGAUAAGGUUGAUCUAUUGAAGAACAAGUUUGGGUUUGAUGAGGCUUUCAACUAUAAAAAGGAGCAAGAUUUGGAUGCUGCUUUGAAAAGGUACUUUCCUGAUGGAAUUGACAUUUACUUUGAGAGCGUCGGAGGCAAAAUGCUUGAUGCAGUUCUCCUAAACAUGAGACUGCGCGGCCGCAUUGCUGUGUGUGGAAUGAUCUCCCAACACAACCUUGAGCAUUCUGAAGGAGUUCACAAUUUGACUUUGUUUACCUCCAAGAGGAUUCGAAUGGAGGGGUUCUUAGUUUUCGAUUACUAUCACCUCUAUCCCAAGUUUCUGGAUUUGACUCUCCAAUACAUCAAAGAAGGGAAGAUGGUUUGCAUAGAAAAUAUUAUUGAAGGCCUUGAGAGUGGACCAGCUGCCCUAGUAAGGCUUUAUGAUGGCAAUGUAGAUGGAAAACAAGUUCUUUGUAUCUCCCAUGAAUGAAUGCUUCUCCUACUUAUAUCAA